UCGCACUUGACCGCCUGAAAUCGGCAGCAGCUGAACCGUCGUCCAGUCCAUACUCGCGCGCGCUUGGUUCGUGUCCGGGGUACUGUGCCGAAGCUGAAACCAACGUCCGGAUCACACGCUUAGCUUUUUAUUACAGUUUUUGGCUGGGGUUCAGUCAAACGUCCUGAAUGGUGGGACGGCAGCUGAGCUGGCGGCACCAGCCGUCGGGGACUGGCAGAGAGUCUGGUCAGUCAUCAUCAGGUGGUCCUGACCCCAAGCAAUGUAAAAAGGGACCAACCUUUAGCUUGGAGCACCUCAAGCCAUUUGAGCACGGCUUCUGGAGGGAGGUUGUAAUGCGGGCCAUCAACUCUGCUGUGGGGCCUGUACAGGACAAUGGCCGUCCAAUGGCUGAUGUCUACUACCACACAAACAGCGGGCUCAAGCUGCGAUCGAGGCCUGAAGUUGCAGCAUACUUGGCGAGCAAUCGCGGGAUACCUCUGACGGUGGACCAAUUCACCUUUGUUCGUGUGCCCAUCCACGAGCCGCCGCACGAGAUUGUGCGGAAGGCAACACCGCGUGGCUCUGCCACUGUGCUGCCUGGACCGGCUGACGCUGCAGUGACACCAACUGAGAGGACCAAGAGGAUGGAUGGCCCACCAUGUGAGCGAGAACGACGCCAUGCAAGCGAUGACACCACUACUGGGCGUCGAAUGACACGCAAGCGCCUGUGCUGCUGUGAGGAUCAGCAUAGCAGCUGCAAGCAGUUGCGUGCACCGGGGAAGACCCGCAACCAACUGCGACACAAAUUCAGUCAUGUCCACCUGGCUGCUAAGACAAGGCUAGCCCACAAGGAUUUGCGGACACAACAUGGCUCCCACAAAGGCACCGCCAAGCGUUUCAACUACACAGCCAAGUACAAAGCUCAUAGCUUGCCACCAACUGUGCCUAAGACACCUUUACCACAGAGGUCCUCUGCAAGUGAGGCUUUCUGUCUUAAUUCUACACCAAGAAAAGUGGCGUCGCCAAGUAUGGACACACAGUCUGGUGAUAGCACCAAGGAUUUGGAACAAGGUUCCCGGUCUCCACUCGGAAAGCAGAGGUGUUCACAGAAGUCUCCCCCAUCUAACAAGGAGAAAGGCAAUCUAGCAAGUGGGUCUUGGUCACCGAGCAAGGAAGGAGGCGUUUUAACCUGCGGCACUGUGAAUGAAUCGGAAGAGACUUCCACUUUGGCAGAGGUGGUGACAACAAGCUGCACAUCUUCCGAACCACAGUCAUUGAGAAAGUUCCGGAUGUCCAAGCAGGAAACAUCGGAUUGCCAAGAAGGAAGGGCACCGAAUUCUGAUGCGUGCAAUCAUGCAUUUAUGAGCAUGGGGUCGAAGCGCCCAGUUGUGUUAGUGAAGGAUUUCCUUAAGGGACUUCCCAGUGCUUCAGCGGGAGCAGACAGGGGCAGAAAGAUGUCAGCAGAGGAGACCACCGUGGCUCUGGUCACACCCAAUGUGCGCAGAGAUUACUGGCAGAACACGGCCGCCUGGGACAUUUACAAGCUUCUACAGGCGAGACAGAAUGGUGUGAUGCCUGCUGUCACGGAGGGUGAGGGGAUGCCACAUGGGGUUACAGCCGCCCGCAAUCCUGCAUCCCUGGAAGACGAGGAAGCAUCAGGGGAGGCAAGCUGCAGCCUGCCUCGUCCUGCUCAGUGUUCAGCCUUUCCAAGUGUCGCACAGAGCAAAUCAUCGGCAGUCGUCGCAGCCAGCUCUGUUCAUCAAAGUUCGUGCGAGCCGUGCAGUCUCGGGUGCCCCAGAGCACAGGGCCAGACACCGCAGCUGCUGUGCACACACUGCCUGUGCUUGUUUCAUGCGGUGUGUGCCGGAAGGACAAGCAGCCACCCGGCCAAGGGGCGCUUCAUCUGCAAGGCUUGCAUCAAAAAGCCUUCUAAGGCUGCACAAACAUUGGAAAGCAUGAAAGCGAUCUCGGAAUUGGAAAAAGCCACUGCGAGUUGCAACAGCACCAGUUCUACGCCGGAAAUUACGUGGGUGGAAGUUUUGAAAGAACCUGCCACGGGGAUAACGACACCUCUCCAGCCCCGCUCGACUAGUGCUUCCACAGCCACCGUGCACAAGCAGUGUUCUUCGACCACAUCAGUGGUGACUUCUUCCUCAUCGAGUUGUACAGCUGCCACGUCGAGCAGCACCAUCUCUGUGCCAGUAUUUCACUUCGUGGCUAGUGGUGGCAGCCCAAAGCCAACAGCGGGUCCCUCCACGGGCGGUGCACAGGUGUCGUCCAGACCGGCGGCACAAGUGGCUCCGCGUCCUCGCCUGCCACUCCUGCUGCCCGCACCACCGCGACCGGGCUCAACAGUGGCUGUGGGCAACACCAGAGCACGAGAGAUGCCCACACUGCGAUUCCAGUCCACGGGUCCGCAGAACCUGACGGUGGUUCCGAGUCUCUACUGCACAAUCCAAUUGACUCAGAAGUGUGGCAACAUGAGUGGCACACAGCUGAAAUCGCUUGUCAGUCAUCUGGUCCAGAAGCGCGCCGAGGAGCUGCAGAAAAUGGGCAGUGGGCAAACCAUUGUGCUCCAGGCACCGCUAACCCUGCCAUCAGUACAGGCAUCGAAGACCGCGCCUCGCUUGCCCUCCCAGACAACAGCCAAACAGCAGCUGGUCUCGAGCAUGCCACAGACGGUCACCGCUAGUGUUCAAGCAACAAAACUGCCGCUCACAUCUGUGCUGCCGGUGCCUUUGAGUGCUGCAACAAGAGAGCCAAUUCCGACAGAUUUGGUACAGGCGGUUCUUGAUGAUAGUGACCGAGGGCCAGUGCCCCCAGUUCAGCAUAGUGUUAUGAUGAGAAGCUUGCUUCGUACUGGACCAAAGAUUGCAAGUGUCACAAGCUUGGCGGUUGGGGCUGGGGCACAAGAGUCACUACAGGAAACCACCUGCACUGCCCCCCCAACUUUGGUGCCAGCUUCUCCGCAGCUUGGAGUUGUGAUGCCAAUUGCAACACAGGUGGAUGUGCGCGAAGUAGCCAGCGUCCCUGUUGCGAGUUGUGCAAGCGGACAGUGCACAGUCAUUUCCGGCAUACCCGAAAUGGCUCCUGUAAAACUGAUUGCGCCAAAAUUGGAACCAGGUGCAGCACGGUUGCCCGUCAAAGAGGAGGCAAGGAAGGCAAGCACGCCUGAAGCUGCUCAGGGCACGAAACUAGAUGCAGUGUUCAUGGCUCCACCAGUUUGUGAAGAAAGUAUUGAAGGUGCAUCACGACUCAUCACUGCUGAGGAAGAAGAGGUGAUCUAUGGAUUUGACACCCUGCCUGUUGAGCCACAGCCUUCAAUCAUCAUCACUUCAUCGUAUUCACUGGCUUGUGGACCGAUGGUGCAGGACAGUGACUCUUCACACACAGAGUACAGUGGUGGGGUGAGGAAAGGUCUGGGCGAUGCAGUCAGGCCUUCAGAUGAUGGAACAUCCUCCAUCUGGUGCACAGACAGCAACAUCUCAACAGCACAGGUGGAAGCCUUCCACAAGGUGCAGCGGCAAACUUCAUGCAACGGAACUGAAGUACCAUCAGCUGCGAACCGAACCAUCGACCCUUUGCAGCCCCAUUCUCUAUGCUCUUCUGGACAUGUCGUCGACAGGGUAACUGUAAAAUCAGCAGAUGUAGGAUGCCAGCAACCAAAAGACAAAGUGCCAGUGAACUGUGCCUUGGGCAGUAAUGUGCCAUCUUCUCCCAAGGCUGUCAAAGUUCGGCGCACAAAAAGCAAGCGGCAUCAUGGUGCGCCUUCAAACUCUGAUUUCAGUGGUGUGUCCGUCUGGGUUGAUAGUGGUGGUCAGCUGACCUGCGUGCGGGACAGGCCAAGUGCCGUUGCGGCUGGUGCCUUGCAGCUGGAAGAAGGUGCUGCUGUCUACGGGUCUGGGAGGAGCAUGCAGGACUUGACCGAGGGUUUUACCGUCCUGAAUCACAUCUUCAAGUGGCUUUCAACGCCGUCUCUGUGCAAGGUCGCCCAGGUCUGCCAUGCAUGGAGGAUGUUUGCCUCAAUGCCUCACUUGUGGAAGCGGGUCGACUUCAGGCAGCUCCAUGUGCACAACUGGGACACGUGCGUGGCCAAGUUAAAACACAUGCAGACCGAAGAGCUCGUGCUGGAUAAAGAUAGCCUGGACCCUGUGUUGUCUCGCAACAGCCAACUGGAGGCAGUGCAGCUAGUGGUGCUCGAGGUGAACCCAUUGCAGCUGGUGUGCCUCGCCGGGGCCUUCCCUCGCCUUCGAAGCCUGUCUGCUACGAUCACUCGGAAAGGGGGCCGGGAGCUUUCCACCCAACAGCAUCCAGCCUCCCUGGGUGGCCUGUCAGAGCUGCUGUGUGUGGCAGGCCUGGAGCGGCUGGAGCUACGUGGUGCCCAUGGCUUGGCGCUCCUCCCCUUGACCAUGCCGACACACAACCUUGCCCAGCGGUGUCAGCAUCUGCGAGCACUGUCUCUGGUGACGGUGCAGAACAUGACUCCAGCUGUGGUGUUCCUUGUCAGCCUCCUGCGUGGCCUAGAAGAGCUGCACCUGGGUGACUGCAUCAACUGGUCUGAAAUGUCAUUUGUCAACAUUGGGAGGCUGAAGCAACUUCGCCGGCUGACGCUUGAGCGUGGUCAGGACAACGAUGGUUUCCGAUCGAUGCUGCUGAGGUUGGACAAGCUGCAAAGGCUACAUCUCAAGUGGUGGACGCUUCGUAACAGCCUGGCAGAUACGCUGUGGAAAAUGAGUGAACUGCGUCAUCUACUGUUCUGGCCUUUGACCAGUGGCCUGGCUAUGAAGACAAACCGAAAUGUCUUGCGUUCAUGCCUGGCUGCCGGACCCAGGUUGAAGCGGAUAACAUGGGUGGUGAGCUGCAAGCAGCCGGGGGUUGUUCAGCAGGUGGCGCUGGACAUGAACUUGGCCUUUGAGUCGGGAACCCUGUGCGAGUGUCCGCCACUUGUCGCUGCCUCCUGCUAUGCCUCUGUUCCGACGUCAGCCGCCAGCGACAUUCCAAGAGGUCUGAGCCCCCGAGCUCAAAAGAGCAUGCUCGAUUUGAACUGCAGGGAAGUCGGCAGCCCGGGUGGUGACGUCUCUCCUUCCCGUCUUAGUCGCAAGUCCGUCAAAUGUGUAGGUGGUGCCAGUCCUGUUCGCUCGACAGAGACUGCGAGUAAUUCUUCUGUGUCAUCUGAACAAUUGCAAGCAGUUCCGCCCUGUUGCGCACUUGCAAAAACACUGCUCGAGGUGUGGAAGCCAAGCAUGCACCAGACGUGGUACAUGACAUUACGACAGUUGUGCCAGGGGCUUAAACACUGCCUCGGACCAAACAGAGAUGUCUGCAUCUGUGUUCGCAUCGAGCAAUGAUGCGUGCUGGUAUUGCACUGUUGAAAAAACAAUUAGAAACUGCCUUUAUGAUCACAACCAUUAUCCUUGCCUUUGGACUGCAUUUGCUAUUUCUUUUCUCAUAAAGCCAAUGUUACUGUUUUGUGCUGCUCCAUAGCACAGCAGUGCGACAAGCUUAUUGCUAACAGCAAACGCUAUGAUUUUGUCUUUGAACAUCAUUUUUGGCAGCUUGGGUAUGUCUGUGUCCCAUGCAAAAAACAUCAUAGCACAGGGUGUAUUCACAACCUAAGAUGAUGGUACACGUGCACUAACCAUCAACAGUAUUUUAUCACCAGCAACCCAUAUUUGUACAACCAAGUAGUCACUGCCAUGGGACGUACGCAAAUGACUUCAAAAAAGCUGAUUUCUUAUUGUAAAGAUGCACAGAAGUGAUGCUGACAUGACCAGAACACAAUCUCAAUGCUUUCUCUGAUCCAAUCUUUGAUAAACACUUGAAAAGAGAUGAAAGCAGGUGUUUGUUUUCGUUAUCACCAAUUUAUCUCACCAACUAGCUCAACAGUUUGUACUUUUAUCAGCAGACAACAAAAGGACUAUGGAGCAAAAUUGGGUUCUGGUUGCGUGAGCAUUCUUCUGAAAAGAGGCAGGCUUUGCCGAGGUGACAAAGUGUUUUUUUGUUCUUAGUGCUCGUAUGUAAUCAUCCUUUUGUUCAUCCCUGUGGCAUGAUUGUCUGAAAGUGCUGCAAGAACAAGCCAAAGAAUCCACACAAUUUACCGUGCAACAAGUCGGGUUAAUCAAAAAUAUAGAUUGCCACUGCGUUUUGCUCUCAACGUGGAGGGAUUGAUAUACACUCUGCUCAUAGCUGUAUUCUUAGGGCAUCAAAUUUUUAGGAGAGUAUUCAGCUGGUGUUCUUUUUGUUCACAGCUGUAACUUUUAGAGGGUUACAGCUGGGAGUUAAUUCAUUAAUUAUACACAAUUGCCCCAUAACACAAUCUCAAGUGAGGUAUAAUAGUGUAAUACAAAGUUUCGUUAAAUCAUAUCGUUCCUCUCGUCGAUAUUAUAGUGACUUUGUGAAAGAUGGCUACAUUAGUUAAUAACUGCUAGUCUUUAUUAAUUGAGGGUAGCAGUAUUAUUGUCGUCGGGGCUUUCAAGUUAGUCCGUGACAAAGUACAUGUAUGGCUGUGACAUUCUGUGCACGUUCCACAACAAUGUCAUACAAAACAAGGCAAUUAACUGUGGAGGAUGAAGUUACUUUUUCAUGUUGAGUAAGCAUUUCAUACACUCUGGCGAAGUGUGUGCUUUCUAAUGACUCAGCACCUGUGUAUAAACAUUUGUGCAAAGGUUUAUGUGCAAGAACUGUACAGCUUUCCUUUUUUCAGCCUUGACAUGUUUGUCUUGUUAGCCAUUGACACAGCGUAGAGCACAUUCAUGUCGAGAGAUGUUCGUACCAUUAAAACUCAAGUGGGCAUUUUCUUUUUCAUAAAUCAUUUACAUUUCGCACUCUGAAUGUGUUUUAACUUGCUUAGAUGCAGUAAGAUUGAAAGCUGGGCAAGUUAGUGUGUAAUGUAAUGGCAAAGAAUAGGAAUGCAUUUUUGUAAUUGUGAAUUUCUCUUUUCUGUGCCAUGUGAUUGUGUACAAAAGCAAAGAACCUGUAUUGUUUGUGCACUUCAAGUACAAGGUGCUCUCCAAGCUGUACAUCUCAUUCCUUUGAAUAAAUAAUGUAGUGUUGAAA